UUCCCCCAUCCGUACACGUUAGCUGUUGUCCACGGCGGUAGUGAGCGCGCACAAGUCACUUUUGAACUUCAAGCGGAGUAGUAAUGUCAAAUACUCUCUGAGUAGUACCUACCGGUUACAGAAGGAAAUGUCAUUUCAAAAAUGGAAUUCGAUCAAUUGGGGUGAAGUGUAACUUGAUUGAAGAACAAUCUUUUCGAAAAAGUGCUUUUCGUAUUUUAAAACUUUGUGACAGGUAAUACAGUGCUGUGAAGUGAUAAGUCUGUUUUUUUUGGAAAAGUUGCCCUUGUGAAUUAUUAAUCGACAUUUUGCGACAAAAUAAUUACUCAAAAUGUUGAAAGAAGUUUUCUUAAUGGCGCUUAUGCUGGGCAGCAGUUUUGGUGCUACUCUGGAACCAUGCCCUGAAGGUUCUACGUGCCACUCAACCCCAGAGACGCUGAAAACUACUUCGUUCGAGUUUUUAAGCAAAUUGUCCCAGAAGGACUUCCGAUCAAUAGGCAGCCUAACAAUAUCUAACUCCUCAGUUAAUAAAAUAGAUCCUAAGCUGAAAUAUCUGAAAAAUCUGGCGUACCUAGAUCUGUCUUACAACAGUGUGCAAAUCUCAUCGAUUCCCUCGUUGAAUAGUUUAAAAACUCUGAUACUGAAAGCUAAUGAUUUAAAAGAUAUAAGUAUUUCACAACUGCCACAAAAUAUAGAAAAUUUGGAUUUAUCCGAUAAUCUGUUAAGCGCAAUACCAAGAGACUGGAGACUGUUAAAAAAUUUAAAAACUUUGGAUUUAUAUAAAAAUCCAAUAGACUGUGAUUGCAACAACGUGCUAAAUUAUGAACUACUAAACAAAAGAGUCAUCAUUCCUAGACCUCUCACUUGCCAUUCCCCUCCAGAAUACGCUGGAAAAAAAGUAAGUUCCGUCAAUUGUUCUCCUAUCGACAUGAUGCAGUAUGACGCUCCUGUGGAGGGCUCAGGAGAAACAGAUAUUUUUGAUGAUUCUUUCGCAGAAAAGACAUCCGAUAUAAAGGUUAUCAAUGAAGAAGAGGAUGAUGAUGAGAAAACCAACACAAUUGUAGAUGAUAGAGAUGAAAAUGUAGCUGAAACUACUACCAUUGAUCCUUUAAAUGCAGGUGUUCACGAUGAAGGCAGUGGAGAAGAAGGCAGUGGAGAGUUUGGACGUAUUCCUGAAUCUGGAGUACUAGGUUGUAUCGAAAACUGCGAAACACCUAAACCACUGACUCAAGAUCCAACGGCAUCGCCUCUUCCUGGUUUCUUUGACCAGUUUAAAAUGAUUAUUGACGAUGUAAACAUAUUCAAAGAACCUACAACUGAAGCACCGAGUACAACAAGUACCACCACUGAGUCUGUUGCUACUCCAGCUGUGGUCAAAGAACCAAAAAUAUUGAAAGACAACGUUGGUAGUGUUGGUACUGGUAAUGAUAGAAAAUCGGAAGUCGAACAAGUUGAUAACGCAAAUGGUACUGCUACAGGAGAAUUAGAAAGGGCAUCUAUGUCUCCCAAAAAUUCUACGGCUGUAUAUGCAGUAGUAGGAGUAGGAUUAGUUAUUGCAGUGCUUUUCAUUCUAGCAUUUAUUAAAAAACGUCGAUCAAAGAGACUAAAAGAAAAGAGACGGGAGAUACCACUUACUGGUGAAGAAUUGAAACCACUGAGCAAAUAUCCUAUCACAGCUGUUAAUGAUAAACCAGUCAAAAACACAUCGAAUCUACCUGAGCAAAUUCCUCUUAUUAAUGGCCAGAAUGGCAAACCAAGGGAUGAUACUCCCAAAUUGACUUCCUUUGUUCCAUUAGCGCACCCAGAGUUACCAAACGAUGAUGAUGAUAACUCAGUAGAACUUAACCUUCCAAAUGGCAGCCCAGCAGACUCCGACGAAGUAGAGAUUCGACCCAAGAUCCAAUCCGAACUGCUGACACCACAGAGGGAGAGAGUAACUAUCCGGGAGGCUGAACUUCCAGAGUCAGUUCCCAGAACACCGCUCUUGGUCCAUCGUCAGAAGAACAGUGAAGGUGAAAUUGUCACCACACUUGUUUCUUGAAUUGACAAGUGCAGUGAUACCUCAGUAUUUAUUACCUAUUGAAUACCUUUGUGAUAAAAUUAACUUAUUGCGUCGUUCCUAUAGGGGGCCGAUAUUAAAGGUCACAGCAAAUAAUUUUGAUCUGAAACGAUUAUUUUUUUAAUUACUUUUAUUAAUUUUCUAUUGAUUAUAAUAAUAAGAAGCAUUUUAUAUUGCUAUAAGAAUAAGAUGCUAUGAGUUGUGCUACAAACGUAUAAAAUUUUUUGCUUGAUUUUUAAUAGAAUUUUUGUAGCUGCCCCUAAAGGGAGAGCUGUCUUGCGAAUUGACGCUCUACUUCGAAAUUUUGAUAGGUUUGUCGACUGUUACAGACUUUACAUACUUACUUAUAUGUAUUGAUUUUGUUGCCAAAGUAAUUUCCACUGUUGAAACAAUGACCGGACCAGAAACGUAAGAGGGAUGGAAUUAGAACAAAUUCACCCUUUGAAAGAAUUUCAAAUUCAAAUACAGCUCCCGGAACGAACCAUGGCUGAUGAGAAACGCUGUGGACGGUCGUACGCCUACUUAAACUCUACUGUCUCUACACAGACAUGAUUUAUCUCACUGGCCAUGGUUCACUCCGGGAGCUGUAGUUUGAGCAACAUACUAUAUUUAUCAAUGUUGAUUGAAGUCAUCACAAUAGCAAUCAUCCAACAUAGGAUUUGUUGCUAUUUCGUAAUCAGUUUUUAAAAUGAAAUGUCUAAUUAUUCCACUUAAAGUUUCUGCUACUUAAAGUUACUUAAAAUCCUUUAUUUAUUCAAUCCAAGUUCCAGUGACCUUUUUGAAGUAACUUUAUUUACACUGAGUGAUUAAAUUAUUAGAAAACCUGGUGAUAUUGAAUUUAUUAGUCAAAAAGGUGCAAAAUGCGCAGUAAUUUUGGUUUAAGAAUUCUUAACCUGCUUAAGCAUGUUUGUCCAUAGUACUGUCAAAUACUGGUACUGUGGCAUUGUUCCUUCGACAAUAUACAGUUUACCAGUUUUCUUUAUGCACGAUAUAUCAUGUUACCUGAUAUAUCUAUCCUAUGGUUGGUUCUACAGCCCAAUUCAAACCCUGACCUCUCUCAGCAAACCUUUCAUUCAUUAUGGUCUGUAGCCAUUCUCAUCUACGAUCGACUGCCAAGGAGACUUCUGGUGUUCUCAUCCAACCAUCGCUUUCUUGGUCUUCCAAUAGGUUUCUUCCCCUGGAUUCUUGCACCCAACAGUUUUUUUUUGGAAGCCUUUUUUCUUUCAUCCUAUUACAUGGCGUGUCCACUGAAGACGCUGUAGGUGAAUGAUUAUUGGUCUCUGUUCUCAUUUAUAGGGUUCAGUAUCCUUCUCAGUAUCCCAAUAGUAGAUUAACAUCAGCCUUCCAUCUUUUUCUGGGGCAGUCUACUGAAGUACCGUCUAGUCUCUCAAAGAAUAAUGACUUUUACACUCUGUCUUCCUCUGAUCUUAACACAUGCCCUGCCCAUAUUAUCCGGUUAGCUAUGUCUGAUGAUGUGUUCAUUACCAUACAUAGUCACCAAUUCAGCUUAUGUCAAUACCUUUGAGGGCCUUCAAUCAUCAUCAUGAUCAUUCUGAGAACCUUCCUUUUAAAUACCAGCAGCUUAUUUAUUUUUCGCUAAUGUAGAGUCCAUGUUUCACUUCCAUAUGUAACAACUGUGUUAAAUCUUUGUGUUAUUUGAAAUGGAUCUGUCAUCUCACGUUGUGUGUGUACUUGAGCUAUUGCGUCCGUCAUCUCCAUUCGGAUGAUCCUAACUAGUUUGGACGGUAUAGGCUUUGCUAAAAACUUGCUUAACCAUGACUACUUGGUCGCUGGUUGAUCUUCUCCGUAAGGGGUUGUAGUCUUUGGUUAAAUAUACUGGUAAAUAUUUUAUAUCCAUAACACAGCAAGGAGAAUCCUCUAUGGUUUUGACAGGGGAGUUUGUCGACCUUUGUAUGGAUUGGACAGACUAUAUUAUAAAUGUGGCAGCUCCGUGGUUAGGUGUAUUAACCGAAUUAUGUGAAUUGGUUAGUAGUAACAGUAACCAGGUGGUUUUUUAAAUUUGAUCAUCUCAUCUUAACUUCAUUGCUAUAAAAAUUUCAAAUAUCCUUACUUAAAUAUCAAACAUUCUUUACAUUUCACAUUAAUUGUUAAUUUGUACAGACUUCAAAAAACAAAAAUUUAUAAUCUUUGGAGAUAGUUUCGUUUAAAAAUUCAUCCUUCUUUGUAGUCACUUCGGUCCAACAUUUGUUUCUGCGAUCGGUAUGGCAGUCUAAACCCAUUUGGCAUCUCAUGAACACAGCAAUUUUGGAACUGUUCUGCUGAAUUCAUGAGCCAAAUGAAGUUUUUUAGCUGUAUGUUGUAUAAAUGACUGAUAAACCAAUCAUAGAACCUGCUUAGUAGUCUAGAAUUCGUAGACUGUUCAUACAUCACUGUAAAUGAGCUCAAAAAGAUUAGAUACGGAAUUAUUGAUUAUCUAGUGCGAAAUAGGGUGUAUCAGCAUAAAUAUAUUUAUAUAUUUAUGAUUUUUAUGGAUUUAUUUUUAAAUUUGUUACCAAAUAUUUUAUUUACUAAACUAAAGUGCACAGAAAUCGGCCCACUUUAAAUUUUUGACUUAAAUUAUAUUUUUUUUUUCAGAAACUAUUACUCGGAUCAAAAAAGGUUUAGGGUGACAUUACGGUGACGAUUUCUUAACACGUUUACCGCCCAAUUGAAAAUUUUUGUUUUGGCCUUCAGGCUCCAUAUUUAGAAUGUCAAUGUUAUUGUGAAUUAUAUGUAACUUACAUAACGUCUGAGCCAAACAGAGUGUAAGUUAAAUACAACUCACGUGGCGUUUAAUGUGUUAAUAAUGUUGAAAUGUUGAUACAUUGAAAGAGAUCAUCACGAGCAGUUGUAAAUCUCUUUCUACCUGUUCCAGGUCGUCUACAUCCUAGGAUUCGUACAAUAAUAACGAAAUUUGACAAACUUUUUUUAUCGUUAUAAAAAUCAAAUAAACAUAUAUCGGUUGCUACGCAUAUAAGUGAUAAGCAAUCCAUGACAAAUUUAUACUCAUAUUAAAGCAUAUUAAAUUAUCUUUCAAACAAUGUAUCCCUUUUUUGAUGCAAGUAUGUAAUUAGUUUCAGAAAUAAAUAUAGUUCAAGUCAAAAGUUUAAACUUAGCCUAUUUCUAUGCACGCAAGUUAAGAGGAACAAUUAAUUGAAAAUUGUGGUUCAUUCCAAUUAAAUACAGUUUAUUAAAAUUGUUCAAAUGUGUUUGAGAAAACAUAUUUGAUCGAUUUCCUGAAAGAAUUACCUUAGUGUAUCUUAGAAUCUACUUAUGUAGAUUAUCUAGAUCUAGAUGUAGAUCUAUGUAUAAUUUAAGGACAGUAAAACAUACAAUGUAUCUUAACAAAUAAAAAAAUUAUUUUGUUUAAGUAGCGACUGAAAAACAACAAUGCAUACCUACUUUUAUAAAGUACUUAUGUUCGAUGUGUUAUAUCGGCCGUUUGGCGGUUUAAUCUCUUGGCCUUGAUUGUUUUUUAAUUGAGGAUUGCACUUUUCAAUGAAUCAUAGUUGGCACAAACAUGAACUACCUGCAUUUGCUGAACUGGAAAAAAUAGUGUACAUGUCGAUAUGGAUAGUGCCAAAGGAGGUCGCAUUUCCUUUAUCUAAUUGUGUGCUGGUGUUUUUGUAAUUGUCCUCAGGAGGGAAUGCUCUCAUAAAUUUAGAUAAUAAGAGAAGCGUUUUUAAGUAAUUCAGAGAAAAAAAAUGAAUGGUAAGGCGGCCUCCAACGGAGUGUGGCGUGGGACUUUUUACCACAUUUACCAAUUUAUACGUCGAAAAAGAGAAAUAUGUAAAUAUUAUACACAAAAUGGGUCAUUUUUGAUGUCUCGAAUUUCCUAAACCUGUUGUCCGAUUUUAGUGAUUUUUUUAAUAUGCCUUAUUCUUUAACAGUAUCGCCGUAAUAAUAUUGUUGCUAGAUAGGUUAAUUGUCAUUGUAUACCGGGUCUACCAAUCAAACUGUGAUUUUUUCUCAAAGUUCGCGUCACCCUGUGGAAUAUUCUAGCACUUAUAAAAUACUGAAAUUAAAACCCAACUAUAGCCUCAUGUUUUCUAAACAUUCUGUCUUUUGAUUCAUUCGCUUAUAUUGGAUAAUAAAAAAGUUGGGUACUUUAACAACUAGUCUUGUUUUUCGUCAAUACAGGGUGUUUUUAAAUAGGUAAGGCAAACUUUAAGGGGUCAUUCUGGAUGAAAAAAUAAUGAGUUUGCUUUAUAAAGGUUUGUCCGCAAAUGCUUCGUUUCCGAGAUAGGAGGUGUUGCAGUUUUUCUUACAAACUGAUGACUUAUUUAUUGCUUUAAAACCGGUAAAGAUAUGCAAAUGAAAUUUGGUGGGUUUUAAGGUAGUUAUUGUGCAUUUUUUGACAUACAAUUAAAAAUUUUAUGUUCACCAUUGGCGCACACAAGGGUCAUAUUACCCGUAUGCACCCCAAUAUUAAAUAUUAAAUUCCUAAUUGUAUAUCAAACAUGCAUAAUAACUACCUCUUAAAACGCACCAAAUUUCAUUUGCACAUCUCAACCGGUUUUAGAGCAAUAAAUCAAUCGUUAGUUUGUAAGAAAAAUUUCAAAACCUCCUAUCUUAAAAACGAAGCAUUUGCGGACAUACAUUUAUAAAGCAGACUGUCAUUAUUUUUUCAUGCAGAAUUACCCAUACUUAUAGUAUGGAUAAUUAAUAACUCAUACAUAAACUUUGCCAUACUCAUUUAAAAACACCCUGUAUUGAUGAAAAACAAGACUAGUUCACUAGUUGUUAAAGUACUCAACUUUUUAUUAUCCAACAUAAGCGAAUAAAUAAAAAACAGAAUAUUAAGAAAAGAUGAGGCUAUAGUUGGGCUUUAAUUUCAGUAUUUUAUAAAUGCUAGAAUAUUCCAUAGGGUGACGCUUACUUUGAGAAAAAAUAACAGUUUGAUUGAUACACCUGGUAUACAAUGACAAUUUACCUGUCUAACAACAAUAUUAUUACAGCGAUAUUGUUAAAGAAUAAGGCUAUAACAUUAGAUAAUGAUAAGAAAAUCACUUAAAUAAGACAACAGGUUUAGGAAAUUCGAGACAUCAAAAAUGACCCAUUUUUAAGUUGGUGUGUUAAUUUCUUGGAGUACUGUUCUUAUAUACUUUUUGAUAAAAUCGGUCGGGUCAUCUUGUCCCAUAGAGUAUCGAGGGACAGCACCAGUGUUGGAGGUAGAACUUUUUGUUGGUUGGUUAAUUCAUACAAUGAUAACAAUUAGAACACAACGUCUUUAGAAUUACCACGACAUGGACCACACCAGUUGUAGUGUAGCCAAUUUCGAAGAGCCCUGGUCAGCUUCUGAUUUUCUUAUUUUCCAAAUUACGCUCAUUUACCGACAAACGAUUGGACAGUCCAAGCCACCACGCACUUGCCAUAAAUGACCAUAAAUGGUUUCCUCUUUGUCCAAGCAUCGUAAAUCACAAAUUCUGAGCAAAAUUACGCUAUUUCACCUUGCGCUGAUUGCCGUCUUCAGAUUUUAUCUUUUUCUGUUACAUAUCUUCCAUUUCGCAAGGCGUGCCACGUUACGUUCCGUUGGAUGCCGCUUUUACACAAAAUAUCAAAUUACAAGAACAAGAUUUUUUACGUAAAACGAUCAUAUAUCAACAGAUUAUUGGCUAAUUUGGUAUACAUUACCUACAUAUUUCAUUAGAUUAUAUUUUAGCAUCAUUAACCAUUUGAAACCGAUAUCUUUGGUUUCUGAUUUAGAUUUCAGGAUAAAAUUACUUAAAAACACAUUUCAUUUGUAUGUGUAUACCAAAUUUUUGUUUUCUACCUUUGUAAUAACAUUGUUAUUAUUUAAAAAGUAAUAAUAGUGUAUAAUUAUUUUGAAUUACUUUUGUGCAAGGAAAAAAUCAAGAAAAUCUACCUCAAUAUAUCAGUGGUGUCUUUUUUACUAGAUUUUCGAUUUGCUGAUGAAAAUUCCAUAGAAAACACACACACAUGUACCUACUUUAUAUACCUAAUUUUUCCUUUUUGGCAGUUUUCCCUAUUCUUACAGCUGUGAUUGGUCCAAAAUAUGUAUGCGUUAUAUACUUUAUUGGAUUCUAUAUUCAGCUUUAUUAUCUAUUUAUUAUAAAAACACAUACUGAUCGACUUUUGCCAUACUCUGUAUAUACAUUUCUAAUAUAGAUCAUCCUUAACACAUUUGCUGCCACCUGGCACCAAAAGGUGUUUUGCGUGCGUGAGUCAGGCGCCACCGACGCCUUUUGGCGUGCAUAACCUGUGGAAUUAAAUAGGGUUCUUUUCAUGUGGCUGAAUAUAUAGUGGCAGAGAAUGUGUUAAAAGUCAUUCCAAAUCAUUAGAUAGCUUUCAAUAAAGCGUUAUGAUCUAGGCAGAUUCCUAAUCUCACAGAAUAAUUUAAAUCUUUAGAUGUUAUGAAUAUUACUGGCUGAUAUCUGUCACACCCGUAGAUAAACUUUAUGCAUUCCUGAAUAAAAUUAUCGACUGAAUUUUUAUAAAAGUAAAAUUUGUCAUAUGAAGCUCACAAUUUUUAAAUUGUUUAAAAGUACGAUGUAUUUGUAAUUAUUGUAACUUACUAGUGUAUUGUUUUUAUACUCGUUUUUAUGUAUUUUUAGAUAUAUCGAUACAUUGGAAGAAGAAUGCCAUCUUACAAAAAUAAAAUUCAGAAAACUGAGAAUUUAAAGGCUCUUUUAAUUUGAACUCAAAAUACCUUCAGAAAUAUUUCAUAUUUCCUUCAAAUUUCAGUUAAACGAGCUAUAUUAUAAUAUGAAGGAUAAAUUGCAAAAUUUAUCUUCGAAAUAAUUUAUACACAUUGUUUCAAAUGAAACAUAAAUUGGAAUAUUUGUAAUAUGCCCAGUUUACCUGAUCUUUUCGACCAGAAAGUACCCAGUCAAUCCGUCUAAAAUUGACCAUGGUCCCGAAUUUAAGCUGAAGUCAGACAUAAAACUAAUACCACAGAGUAAGAUACUGAAAUGAUACCAUAUUCAUUUAUGGUUAAUAUGAUUGACAAUUUAUAAUUUGCGUAUAGUCAAAAUUUGGAAAAUGACGAUCCAAUGUAGAGAUAUACCAUUUGUGCGUUUACUGAUUUGGUGAUUGUUUUCUUAGAACUAUGUAUGUAUUUGUUUCGUUUAAAUUUUUUUAAAGUGUUCAAACUUUGUACUAAGCUGUGUUCUAUGGUUAUGUUACAGUUAAAACUAUAUAUUCCGUUUUGUUUUUAUUGUAUAAAUUUUUAGAGAAAAUAAAUUUGUAAAAUAGUU